AUGUCAGACGAACUCACUGCCCUUAUGCGACAUAACAUAUGGGAACUGGUCCCUCCUCCAAAUAAUUGUAAACCCGUAGGAUGCAAAUGGGUAUUUCGGAUCAAGCGAAAAUCUGAUGGGUCUAUAGAUAGAUUUAAAGCACGCCUUGUCGCCAAGGGCUACAACCAACGUCAUGGGUUGGACUACAAAGAAACCUUUAGCCCUGUUGUGAAACCUGCUACAAUUCGAACUAUUCUAACAGUUGCUGUGAUGCAGGGAUGGCCUUUGAGACAACUUGACGUUAAUAAUUCUUUUUUGCAUGGCCAGUUGACAGAAACAGUUUAUAUGGCUCAACCCCCGGGAUUCAAAGACAUCUCGAAUCCUACUCAUGUUUGUAAGCUAAAUAAGGCCAUUUAUGGCCUAAAACAGGCUCCUAGAGCCUGGUACUCAGCACUGAAAAUGGCCAUCAUGAGUCUCGGGUUUCAAAACUCAAAGGCAGACUCCUCUCUGUUUAUAUAUCAAAAAAACUCUGUUUUGUGCUAUUUAUUGGUAUAUGUGGAUGAUUUGGUUAUCACUGGUAGUGAUCUGAAAUUUCUGUCUCAUAUCAUUCAACAACUUGGAAUUCAAUUCUCCUUAAAAGAUAUGGGUCAGAUUCACUUCUUCUUGGGCAUGGAGGUUAUUCCUACAACAUCUGGUCUUUUCCUAUCUCAACACAAAUACAUCCGGGACCUUCUUUCAAAAACCAAUAUGAUGGGUGCAAAGGAAGUAUCUACCCCGUUGUCUACAAGCAUGGCCCUGAAGUUGGUUGAUGGAACCACAUCCUUUGAUAGCACUGAAUUCAGAAGUGUUAUCGGUGGCCUUCAGUAUUUAUCUCUUACACGCCCGGACAUUUGUUUCUCUGUCAAUAAGUUGUCACAAUUUAUGCACAAACCCACAGUAACUCACUGGGCAGCUGCAAAGAGACUUCUCCGGUGGGUCACAAUCUUGGGAAAUCCAACGGUCAAUAUGACUCAGGCGUGCACCCGGCUCAGGAGAAAGAAAUCCGACUCUCCAAGAAGAGACAAAGACAUUUUUGUCCACUCUGAUGCUACAACUGUGCCACCAAAAAGGCAAGUUGUGAACGGAGUUUUUGAGGUGCAGGGACGGAUAAGCUUAUGGUGGCUUACAAAGGCACAAAAAAGAGAGAUUGCUUUCAGGAACUUGUUUUCUGAACUUGGGUUUCUCUUGGGUAUGGUUGCCAAGCUUUGCUUAAUGGCUUCUCAGGGGUACCUUCCCGGGCUUGUUCUGCACCAAGAACAAGGCAGGAUCCUCAAGGAUUCUCAACAUCUUUUGCCAAGUUAUGGAGCUAAGCAUGAGAUAAUAAGAUCAAGAACACUUACUAUGAGGCCAAAUCAUUAUGAGGAGCCAUUAAAACCCCUAUGUGGGUUGGCUGACUCUAGUCAGUUUGUCCAGAUUGACUCAACAGUUAAAAAGCCUGUGCUCAUUGAUGUGCAAGAUGAUCACCCAGACUCAAUACUAUUUAGCUUUGGAAUUUCUGAGCAAUGUACGAAACAUGAAAAAAUAUUGAAGUUCCUCAUGUCCGGACCAAGUGAAGUGGAGAGAAGGGAAUUUGAUAUGUCUUUACUAUCUGACUUGAUGGGGUUACAAGCAUUGAAUGUGUAUCAACAGCCAACUGCUCCUCUUAUUUACCCAAGUUGCAAACUUUUCUCACAGAAGCCUCCAAUGGACUUUGUGGGAGACUUGGCCUGUGGUCCAAAAUUUGCAGUUCACCAAGAUGGUCGAGUAGUAUUCAUGGGCACUGGGAUGGAGGUGAAAGAUCUACUUUCAGUUGUUGCUGAGGUUUACCUAUCGAGAAACUCACCCAAAUGGAGAAAGCCAUCUAUGCUGGUCCCACAAUAUAAUAGGCUUGGCAGCAACGAAGCAGUCACUAAUGUUCAGGGGUCUUCUUUGAAGGUUCAAGCUACAACUGUUGUCCCUUUGAAGAGUCCCAAUAAAGUAAAGGUUAAGCCAUCACCAAAGAAGAAGAACAAAAGGAAAGUUGGCAGAGAGAGGGAUGAGUGCAAGAAGAACUAUUUCUAUGCUUGUGAGAGCCUUCUAUCAAUAAUGGUUAACAAAAGGUACAAUGGAAAAACGGCAAUUCUUUCUCUAAAGAAAUCUGGCCCGGAGCUUCCUGAGCUCCUGACCCAAUUUUCUGCUGGAAUUGCCGGGACUGGUCUUGCUGUUCUUUUCUCUGUCAUCAGUAAAUUAGCUUGUGGGAGGGUACCAUUCUGUGGAUCUAAACUCUUGAACACGAGUUUUGGGUUUGGACUGGUUUGGCUCUCAUGGGCAGUGAAUAAACUGAGAGACACGAUUCUCCAUACCAUCAAGAAUUCUGGGAAGCUGAGUUUGAAGGAAGAGGAAAUUAUGAGGAGAGUGGAUAAAAGCGUCAAGGAGAUUUGCUUCGGAACUGCAACUCUGAUGGUAGUGGCAAUGCUGAAGUUUGCAUGAGCAUCCAUGGAGAAAUACGAUUUCAGGAAAGUACCAAGGGUUUGGAGAACACACCUUAAGAGGGUUAUGAGUCUAUGACUGUUACACUGUAAUAGGGUGGUGUUGAUUAUACCAUGCUCAAGCUCAAUGGGGUUGCUUGAAAUGAACUUGACAACAAACUUAGGCCGGCCGGGUCAGUGAUCACCAGUCAGGUAGUCCUUGUCAAAGUUGGUAUGUCACUAGUAGGACGGUAACAUGGUUAGGAACUGGGAGUAAAUACUGUAAAGCUUACUAUACAAAACUUGUAUAUGAAAUUAAGAUAUUUUUUUUUAACAAAAUUUUUUAAACUGCUAUUAAAUUUU